AAUAUCAUUAAACAUUUUAAAGACUCCACCGGACGGGAGUACGACAGGCUGCAAAUGAAAAACAAAUGGGAUCAACUAAAGAAAGAUUGGAAAAUUUGGAAGGAUCUAAAGCGUGGUUCAACUGGUUUGGGUUGGGAUCCAAUAAAGCGAACCAUUGAUGCUUCGGAAGAGUGGUGGGCAGAGAGGCUCGCGGUGGUGCCAGCAGCUAAAAAGUAUAAAACAUGUGGGAUUGAACCUGAGUUGGAGGAGAAGUUAGACCAAAUGUUCGGGGGUGUCGUUGCAACAGGGAAAUAUGCAUGCGCUCCAAGCGAGACGGGAUUUGGUGAAACACAGGACAAUGUUGCUGUCAGUUUAUCAGAUGAUUCACCUGAAUUUCCAAGUGCAGGUCCAACUGAGAUUCAAUCUACGAAUCGCUCUAAGCGAUCUAGGUUCGAGAGCAAAAAAAAGGGUGGAGCUGCCACAAUCAGAAACCAGAUAUCAUGCCUAAUGGAUUCUUCCAAUGAUGCCCCCCAUAAAGUACAGAAAACAUCAAUUAAUGAGGUCGUGGCUAUUCUAGAGCAGGAUCCGAGUAUUGCAGCGGAUGAUGAGCUAUACUACUUCGCUCAUUUCACUAGCAUUUCACUAUCACUAGGCAAUCUAGUUGCCACUUCAGUAGCAGCCACAAAUGGCGUAGUCAAGUCGGAUGAAAGUGUUCCUAAUGGAAACUCGAGGCCAAGGUUGCGUAGAAAAGUAGCGAUGGAACUUCCGCAUUCACUGAAUUAG